AUGUCUUCUCUUCUUUCUACUGUUUCUCUUCCAUUCAUUUAUUCUUUCCACAAUAUUUUUCUUCACUUUUUCAAUUCAUCUUUUAAUUUGUUCAUUUCUUUCUAUUUUUCAGCAUUUUCUUCAAUCAUCUUUCUUUUUUUUUUUCAUUUUCCUUUCAGCCAUUAUUUUUUUCUUUUGUUUUUUGCUCCUUUUCCUUCCUUCCUCAUUCUUUCUUUAUUUCUGUUUUUCACUUUUCAUUCAUUUAUUCAUAUAUUUUUCUUUCAUUCCUUUAUUUUCAUUGCUUUUUAUUCCAUUCAUUCUUUUGUAUUCUCAUUAUUUUUUAUUCUUUCUUUAUUAUCUCAUUCUUACAUUUUUUCUUUCUUUAAAUCUGUCCUUCAGUCCUUAACUCUUUCAUUCUCUCUUUCCUUCUUUAAUUCAUUUUUCUUUUUAUUUCUUCUCUUUUUCUUUUCUCAAAUUAUUCCCUUCUUUCUUUCAUUUCACUUUUAUUCUUUCCUUCUUUUCUUCAUUAAUUUAUCCUUUCUUUCAUUUUUUCUUUCUUCUUUACAUUCAUUCAUUGUCUCCAUGUUUCAUUCCCUCAUUCAUUCUUCCAUUUAUUCAGUCUUUCUUUCAUUCAUUUCUUUCUUUUAUUAUUUAUUUCAAUGUUUUUUUUUCUUCCUUUCAUUCAUGGUUUCUUUCUGUCUUUCGGUCAUUCAUUUUUCUUUAUCAUUUUUUUCUGAAUUCAUUCUUCAAUAUAUUGUUUCUAUCAUUUCCUUCCUUCAUUCCUUCCUUCCUUCCUUCCGUUUUUCUUUAUUCCAUUUCUUUAUUUUCUUCAGUCUCUCUUUGUUUCAUUCAUUAUUUUUUAAAUAA